GUCCUCGGGUUCAAUCCCGGAUCCGCCUGUGUGGAGUUUGCAUGUUCUCUCUGUGCCUGCGUGGGUUUCCUUACAAACUAUUUAUACAAUAAAAAUGAGCUACACAGGUGAAUAAGGUUCUGACAGGUAGACAAUCAGGUGAAGGGCGUGUUUUAUGCCAGUCCUGGGCGUGUUAAAGGCAGACUUCAACUGUACGGUCGUGAUCUUCACUUGUGUGCGUCGCGUUUUAUUUACGAAAUUCAUCCAUUUGUGGUAACUGACAAACGAUCAGAGGAACCCGGUAACUUGUUGCACGGAAGCUUACGAAGCGGUCAGAGGAACCCGGUAACUUGUUGCACGGAAGCUUACGAAGCGGUGUUAUGUCGUCUAUUUAGAACGGGUUUUUCUUCUAUCUAUCUAUCUUUUUCUUUUUUUUUUUUUUUUUUUUUUGGUCCAUGUCGAGAGUCGCGACGUUCCGGCUGAAUAAGAUGAAGUUCGAACUGUUGCUGCCUCUGACCAUCGCGCUGACCGUGGCCUUAGUGGUGGUCAUCAAAAGCCGCAAGCAGGAGCACGACAAAAUGGACCGACGGAACACGUUCGAGCGCAUGAAACUGCGGGUGACCAACGACGUGCUGGCAGAGUUCCAGACGGAGAAAAUUUCCUUGGAGAACAAAAUCGAGAGCGGAGAAAAGGAGGGGAAAGCACUGCAGACAGAUGUGGAGUCGUGGGAGAAGAAAGUCUUGCAGAGCAAGAAGGAGGCGGAAGCGUGCCAAGGAGCUGUGAAAUCACAGAAAGACGCUGUGGCCGCGCUAGAGAUUGAACUCAGUGAUCUGGAUGGUGAAACGAGUAAAGAGAAGAACUCAUGGUCUGACAAACUAGAAUCACUGAAAAAGGAACUACAGGCGCCAAGCACAUUGUGUGCCUUUUUGAAGAAAGGAUCAGAUUCUGCAAGUAAAUUGUGUAGCAGUGAACCAGAAAAGCUGAAGGUAGAGACGCCUAAAACAGAAAAGCCAAAAGCAAAGGCCUCUCAACCAGAUGACGAAAAGCCAAAGGCGCCUGAACCAGAGGAGCCAAAGGCAGAGGCCCCUAAACAAGGGGCAGGGGUUGAGGACCGAACCUGAGCAGCCUAAGGCAGAGGCUUCUAAACAUGAAGAAUCAAAGUGGAUUGGCCCGACAAAGAACGAGUGUCUGACGUUACAAUUUUUGAAUCAUUUUUGAAGAACGUUGUGCCCUUUCUGAAGUUGCCAUAUGGGAUAUUGCUAUUCAAUUUCAACACGUUAUUUAUUUUUGUGGAAUAAAUGAAAUGGUCUCUGAACAUCUGCCUCUAUUGGAUCCAUGUUCUGUGUUUAAAGUUACGCAAUCAUCAGCAACAUCAUUCAACCAAAAUGUCCUAAUCUCUCCAUGCAUGCAUGGUCUGGCUUCAAUUGAUGAUCCGGCUGGUUAAAUUCCCUUUUCGCUUCCUGUCUGACUGGUCAAAGGUAUUUGCCUUCUCACAUGCAGUUCCUCUAUGUAUUGCUUAGAUUGUACAGGAUCUGUGAUUACUUGUUAUAAGUAACACCGCAUGAACGUGAAGUAGAUCAAAUACAUGUACAAUGGAAGAGGAAAUGAUCAUGAACUCUUAGUGAGGUCCACUUGUUUAAUGAAAAUGUAAAUUGUGUAAGCAAUUUCAUUUCACUGUGGAUAGUCCCCCACACACAUGGAAAAAAAUAAAAAUCUUUAACCAUAUCUUUGUGCAUGCAUGCAUGCAUGUGUGUGUGUGUGUGUGUGUGUGUGUGUGUGUGUGUGUGUGUGUGUACUGUGUGGAUGCAAGUUCCCCCCUGUGGGUUUUAACCACAUUUCAAAUUAUUUUUGUAUUUAGAAAAACAAGUCUGAAAAAUGAGAACGUGGAAAUGUAUUUGACUAAACUCAUUGGUAUAUACACGCUUUUCAUUGAACGUCAACAAUAAAGAACAUGUCUGAAUUACGAAGCAAGAUGUGAUCUUAGUCAUUCCCUCCACACAGGUCAA